AUGGAAACGGAUGUUGUGGUCAAAGCCUCAACAGCCAUCCCUAUAAGCAAACAUUGGAAGUGUGGCAUAUUAAGGCUGGCUGCCCUUGAACCACAUGCUUUUCUAAUCUUCAGGACACUCUCGUUCCUUCGUGGCGCUGUGAUCAAAAGCGCAGAUCUUGUUCAUCUUUUUUCGCUGCAAGCGCUUGAGCGCCUUGGUUUGUUGUACUGCGGCAAGUGUCGGAAGUUCGCGGCGAUUGUCUUCCUGAAACCGAUGGCGGGCAUCACCGGUCCCAGCGCAAAAAGGCUGGCAAGAGACAUUCUUGAUUUUAGGGAUACGGGCCGCAAUGAAGAUUCUACUGGGACAGACGUCGGAACGCGUGCCAUCAAUCGCGUCGUUGGCAGUAUGGCUAAAGGGGCGGCAGCAACAGCGCCGGACGGUACUGUAUUGCCUGGCCCAGUCCCUGUCACAGUUGCCGUACGAGCGCCGGGCGAUGAGAACGACGAGGAUGCGUCGGGAGAGGCUUCGACCCCGAACGCCGUACGGCCCCGUACAUCCUGUCGGCGUGACCGGUUUGUGGCGGGAAUCGUCCGCGGCACCUUUCACCCUGACCUGUACAUGUGUUCCCAAGAUUGCAUCACGUUCAAGGGAAAGCGCAUCGGCCGCAGCAAGUUUGAAAAGCUGGGCAACUCCAGCAUGGCCAAGUGGCACCGCUCGAUUCGCGUCAUUCGCGAGGACGGAGAGCUCGAGCCGCUGGGCGAGUGGCUCACUCGGCACGGUCUGCCCGUCCUUAAGGGCAAACAACGCAUCAGCCGAAAGCGGACGAUACGUAUUCCGCCUUUACGACUGCCCAUGGCAGCUGCCGCCGCCGCCGCGGCGGCGGCGGCCGCCGCCGCCGGCUACAACGGCUAUGGCAGCAGCGGCGGAGCCGCCGCCGCCGCCGCCGCCGUUGCACAGGACACUUCCAGCGCCGACGAGGGUUCAUCAGGUGGAGUACCCAAACGUCCAAAGGAGGAUGGCGGCAGCGGCGCCGCCACCCAAGCUUCCGCACCGUUAAGUUUCGGAGCCGCGGCGGAGCAGCUGCAUAAGGCCCUAACGGUGGCGGCACAGCUGGCGGUGGCGGCCGCGGUCGCGACACCGGCGGGGGCCAGUAGCGGAUCACUGGGCACCGAGCCCAUGUCGCCCUCUGGGGGACCGCACCUCGGGGGAGCGGCGGCAGCGGCGGUGCCUGGGCUAGUGUCGUCGUCGUCGUCGUUGGAUUCACCGGAACCCGCCUCCGUCAGCGAUGUCGACGGAGGCGGCAGCGACGGAGGCGUUGCCUUGGGAAGCGCACCGUCGGAAUGCGUGCCUGCCGAGGCUGCCGCUGCUGUCGUACCGCCGCCGUCAAUGGCGGCGGCGGCGAGUGGCAGUGACCCACCGCAAACCGCUCUGAAACUGGAGCCGCCUAAAUCGGAUAGUGGAGCCGCCGGACCAAAGGUGGAGACUGGCGGCGGCGGCGGCGACACGGGAGCUGUCAUGGGCUACUGCGUCAUGCAAUCACAGCUACAGCCGCAGCGGCUAGCGCCGCCGGCGGCGGCGGCGGCGACUCAAAUGCCGUGGGCGACGGGGCAGGUGGUGACGGGUGUCGCAGGAACCUGGGGCGGCGGAGGCGGCGGCAGCGGCGGCGGUUGCUGCGAUGUUGGUGAUUUAGUUGCCGGCGGUUCUCCCGUACUGUUGGAUUCGUUAUGCGAUCUCUGGAAUGAUGACGUGGAUGAAGACGACGGUGAUCCAACUGGCAAUGCGGCCAUGUGGGCGCUCCUCGGCGAUCCUGGAUCCUCAACCGACAACCAACAACAGAAUCAGGAACAGCACCAGCAAGCGGCGGCGGCGGCGCCGGCGGAGGCGGGCGGGGGUGGCGGCGCCGCUUUCGCUGCUGCCGGCUUCAUGGGGUCAUCUGGCGCGUCCGCCCCUCCACAGCUGCAUCAGCAUCAUCAUGAGCUACAGCCGCAGCAACAGCUUCACCAGCCGUGCACGUCCCCAUUCACGUCUCAGCGGGACGUUAACUUUUGUGGCGUCGGCGGCGGUGACUGUACGUCGGAUCCAUCGGGCGCCGCUGCAGCGGCGUCGCCAGCAUUGCUGCCGGCGACGCCGGGCACAGGCUGCUCAACGGCCGUUUGCGGCGGUGACCGUACGGCCGUUACGGAUGCUGCCGCCGCCGCGGCGACGGCGACGGCAGCGAUGUCGCCGGUUUGGCCUGGGACAAAUACGCCGCCUCCGCCGGCGGCGACGACGGCGAUGGCGGCAAUGGUACGGCUCCCGAGCCAACCGAGCUUUACUUCCACCGCAGGGCCGCUAGGCGGUAUGCACCGCUCAUCGUGUACGGCAUUGCCGCUCCUGAACCAACACCCACAUCCUGGUGGUUUCGGUGCGGGGCCGGAUGGCAGCCCGCCGGGCCCCUGGGGCCAACCCGGCCCGAGUAACGCCAGCGUCCACCAUGCAUCGGGUCGGCUGGCGGCGGCGGCGCCGCCGCCGGCGGCGGCGGCUUUACAAGAUCCCAACUGCGGUCUGCUGGCGGCAGCGGAGCCGCCGCCGCUGAACCCGCCGGUAGCGGGUCUCAGCGGCGGCGGCGGCUGCGGUUCCAGGUCACCUGCCGUACAACAGCCUCCGUAUCCGCUGGCUACGAUGACGUCAGCGGCAGCGGCGCCAUCGUGCGCAUCUGGCUCGUCAAACUGCCUGCCGAUGUUGUACGACGUGGCUGUUGCCACAGCUCGAAGGCAGCAGCGGCAGCAGCUAAGACAACACUCCCCACCGGAUGUAGCAGUGCACCAGGCGGAAACAUCCCCGCAGUCGUACUGGACGCCGCCGCCGCGGCCCCGCCCGUCGCUGCCGCCGUCGCACCCGGGCGCCAUGGCGGCGGCGGCGGCGGCGGGCGUCCUGGAAGAACCAACAGCCAUGUCGGAUGUCUGUGGGUUACCUAUGGGCCGCGGAUCCGGCGUUGCCACUGCCGAGCAAAUAAAUGGCGGCUCGUCAGCUGCGGCGGCGCCGUACCCGCCAGCUGGGGGAGCGGCGGCGCCGCCACCGCUGGCGUGCACCGGCUUCGCACACGCCGGCAUGGGUCCCUCAGCUGCAGCAGAGUCCCAACAACAGCAGCAUCUACCACCUUACUUGUACGAGUGGCCGUACGGCACUCCGGAGCCGUUGUACCCGCCGCCGCCGUACCAACCCCAUUACCACCUUCCGGAAGAAGACCCAUGGAUGGUACAGCAGCCGCCGCUGCUUUCUUCGUGUAUGCGAUCAGGUACGGCAAGUAUGGCGGGUACGGCAGCGGAUACGGCAGCGGUGAUGAGAGGACUGCGAGGUGACGGCAGCGGCGAGGCAGCUGUCACGGCCGCUGCCCGCAGUACAAGGGUGCCUUCUGGCGGAAGCGGCGGCGGCGGCGAAACGCUGCUUAUGCCCGGGCCCGGUCGCAUCCUCGGUGGCGGCGGCGGCGGCGGCGUCAACGCUACCGUCGACCCUGUGACCUUCGCAACCCCCGAAAUCGGAGAACCCAUCUCGCACUCAUCUCAUUGGUAG